CUCCAUGAAAGGGGGCUAUUGAUUCCACGUCUACAUCGACCUCUCAGUCUCUGAUGCUGAAUACCAAAAACUGAAAAAGUGUUGUUAGCUUCAAUUGAUUGUGGAAAUGGGAACCCUCGGAAGAGUCAUUUACAGCGUCGGUAACUUGAUUCGUGCCACAGGACAAGCCGUUGAUCGCAUCGGCUCCCGCCUCCAGGGUGGCAACUAUAUCCAAGAACACCUAUCUAGGCAUCGAACUGUGUUGAACAUAUUUGAUAAGGCUCCUGUUAUUGACAAAGAUGUGUUUGUUGCUCCGAGUGCUGUUGUUAUUGGAGAUGUCGAAAUUGGAAAAGGUUCAUCAAUUUGGUAUGGAUCUGUAUUGAGAGGUGAUGUUAACAGCAUCAGAAUUGGAAGUGGAACUAACAUACAGGAUAACUCCCUUGUGCAUGUUGCAAAGUCAAAUUUAAGUGGGAAGGUGUUGCCUACUAUUAUUGGGGAUAAUGUUACUGUAGGUCAUAGUGCUGUUAUACAUGGUUGUACUGUUGAGGAUGCGGCUUUUGUCGGUAUGGGUGCAAUUUUACUUGAUGGUGUCGUUGUUGAGAAAAAUUCUAUGGUUGCUGCUGGAUCCCUUGUGAGACAGAACACAAAGAUUCCAACUGGCGAGGUUUGGGCUGGCAAUCCAGCAAAGUUUCUGAGAAAGCUCACUGAUGAAGAAAUAGCUUUUAUCUCCCAAUCAGCCACCAAUUAUACUAACCUUGCACAGGUCCAUGCAGCUGAAAAUUCAAAGUCCUAUGAAGAAAUUGAGUUUGAGAAGGUGUUGCGUAAGAAGUAUGCACGUAAAGAUGAGGAGUAUGACUCUAUGCUGGGUGUUGUUCGUGAGAUCCCACCAGAGCUUAUUCUUCCUGAUAAUGUCUUACCUGAUAAAGCAAAGAAAGCUCUUCAAACAUGAGUUCUUUAAAAAGCAGUGUCUUCAAUUCCAAUCUCAAAAUGACGUCAAGGAGUAUUAUUUUUUUUCUUUCAAAUUCAUGGAAGAGGGACUAUUUUGGUUCUUAAUAACACCAAACAAUUUCUAGGCUAGUGUUAUGGCUCCUUCCAAGUUCCAAGAAGCAAAUGCUCAUAAUAUCUCAAACUCUCUUCUCCACUUUGGAAAAGGCGAGUGGGUGAUAGGGUCAUGUAUGUCGAUCUUUAGUGUUUGAUGUAUUCAAUGCAAGUGAUUUCACAGUUUUUUCGGUUGAUUUUUUCUUCAAGACAUUAUUGGACUUUCAUAAGUUCUUGAUGAGAUUAUUAUUAAUGCGAGGACAUUUGACUCCUUUUUGAA